AGAACAACAACCGCUGUAAUAAACGAUCCCUUUGAAUCCAAUGACCAAGAGAUCUAUGGGAAAAAAAAUCCUUCCCGUGCCGUCCCUCCUACUGCAUUGAACCCUAGCGCAACAAUAGAGAAAGAGCCAUUGGCAACAGCAACCAUGGCAAAAGAGAGGGAGCCCUCUUUUACCUCCUCCAUCUCGGCACCUGGUACAAGUAGUAGAACGACGACGGAAAAAGAGAAUAGCUGGACUUUGUCUAUGCAAGAUGGCACCCAAGAAGAAACGGACGAGCUCGAAACAUCAGAAUACAACACCGACAGCUCACCCCUUCCAUUGACAUUGCCCUCAAAGCCAACGCUUGCACCACCCCCAUCGCCCAUGGAGGAAGCGACAACCGUUGCUGCUGUUGCUGCUCCUGACAAACACAGUACGGAUGAGAGCAGUUGGCUGCCAACGAACAGUCAUGUUACUGACAACAGCAACAACACACCACUGGAGAGCUCACCCUCCUCCGCCUCGCUCUCCUUUCUACGUGAGUAUUUCUCUCCAUUGAACCCUGCCUCUACUUCUGCCUCUACCUCUGCUUCACCCACCGCGCCUGACGCUUCAUCCAAUCACAUCCCACGAAAAAGAAAAGAGACUCACCCCUUAUCACCUACUGCGAAACGGUCGGUUCCUUUUCGUUAUAACAGUAUCGCCUCCUCCUCCUCCUCCUCCUCGUCUUCCUCACCGACGCCUGCUCAAAGACGACAAGCACAAUGUGGUUUACUCGCCAUGCUAGCGAAUGCACAACAACAACAACAACAACAACAAGACCAACAACAACAACAACAGCAGCAGCAGCCACCACCACCACCAUCGAACCAUCGUCGAGAGUGUUUCCAUGAUACCCUUCACUGUCAAAAGAUCGUAUGCGUGGAUACGGAGCAUAUCAAAGUUUCCUUCAAGCUACGUCACUCCUCUCCUCAGAGCCAGACGUGUCGUCUAUCAGUGAGAGAAUAUUUCAAUUGUAUUGCUACCAGACAACAAGAAGACGCUAACGACGACAACAAGGUGACAGUAACAAAGUUCUUGUCUCUACCCACAAGGUGGACGACGGUGGAUCGUACUUUAUGGAUCCAGAAAAAACCAAGUAAAGCAUGGCGGCUUUAUAUCACCACCACUUGCGACUCUUAUCCACCGUUUUGUCUGGAAAUAGGAUGGGUCCAUUGGGAGCAACUGAACGUAUGUCGCAUUUGGCAACAGAUGAUAGAGAAACACGCAUUCAUACCAAAGAAGCCUUUGGAUAGAAUGGUGCAGAUCGUGAUAAAAGAAGAGGAAGUGGAUGCGUCGUCGUCAUUGUUGCUUGCUCCUGUCUUGAUGUCCUUAGAAAAGAAGCCUAUCCAUGUCAAGAAGGACCGUCAUGGAGCAACAGAGGUUACUUUUCAGGAAAUCAUUAAUGAGGAUGUUGUUGAAAAUGGGUUCAGGGCACGCUGGCGUAAAGGUAAGCCUUUGUUGAAAGCCUACUUUUCUGAAAAAAAGGUUGUUUAUUCACACCACAUGCAUCCACACAUGUGUUAGCCGAUCAUCCACCUGGAUCCCUUGUUGUACAAUUGACACAUAU